AUGACUUCCUUGCCACGCGCUCCGCAGAUUGUGCUUUGCUUUGAUGGCACUGGAAACACCUUACGUGCCGAUGGCAGGGAGAGCAAUAUUUUGAGGAUCUUCCGAAUGCUUGACCGGACAGAUGAUCAAGAUCAUUGCUACUACCAACCUGGAAUUGGAACCGACAUUAGCGCAUCCUCCCUCGCAGGCUCAGCUAUCCGAAAUGCAAGACCGUGGAGUAACAAGGCACUUGAACUCGCACUUGGUCAUGGUUUUGACAGUCAUGUGCUAGGUGGCUAUCGAUUCCUCAUGCGUCACUAUCGGUCCAAUUCCAACGUGCACAUCUUCGGAUUCUCACGUGGAGCAUACACCGCGCGCAUCUUGAAUGAUAUGCUUGACUGGGUUGGCUUACUGAGCGCGGACAACGAAGAGAUGAUUCCAUUUAUCUGGAAGGCUUAUUUCGAGUGGAAGGUAUACCGACAAGAAAGCUCUUACGAGCUGCUUAAUGCCUACCGCGAGAGUGUUUGUCGUGGAGAUGUGUCCGUGCACUUCCUUGGUCUGUUCGAUACCGUCAACAGCGUUGUUGACCUUGAGACUGUGGUGGAGGAAGACGACCCUUCAAGCAGAAUUAUCCGACAUGCUGUCAGCACCGACGAGAGAAGAGUCAAGUUUCAGCCACUUUUGCUUUGCCGGAAAAUGGCUACGGGCUCGGGGGGAAAGAAGCGUUCAAAAGAUUAUACCUCAUUUUCUGCGGUCAAAUACCAUUCGAACCCUGAACGUCUCGUUGAGGGUCAAGACAUCCGUGAGGUAUGGUUCCCCGGCGGUCAUUCUGACGUUGGGGGUGGUUGGAAAUUGGACAAGAGCGAGCGGUUUAGUCUCAGUCAUAAUCCAUUGGUUUGGAUGGUUGAUGAAGCACGAAGAGCUGGGGUUCAAUUCAACCAAGAGAAACUCCAGCAAUUCUUUUGUGUUGAGCCUAAUGCAUCAAUUUCAAUGGAAUCAGCGGGCGUUCGGGAAAGUCUCAAAGCUGAAAAGGAUAAGACUUUGUCUGACACCUCCCAGGAUGGAGAGACGCGUCCGCAAUCUCUGUCUGGGGCCGCAUUCAAUCGCUCCUUGGAAGAUUCCGCGAAGGGAUUAGUUCACGAUUACCUCAAACGGACUCUCCAGGUUCCAUAUUCCACAGUCAUUCCGUGGGGAAUUAUGGAAUUUGUCCCCUUCAAACGUUUGACCCUCCGAAAUGAUGGGACGUGGAAAGUGACUCGAUGGCCUUUAUCGAUGGGUAGGAUGCGAGGUAUCCCUAUUGACGCUGAAAUCCAUGUUUCUAUGAUACGGCGAAUGCAAGCCAACGACACCUAUCGACCAGCCAACGCGAUCCUUGGGGGUGGUGGUCGUGGUCUCACCAAAGCCCCGCCAGAGUUCGGGAUAGGAGAGUGGAAGGUCUACAAGUAUCCAGACGACCCUCUUCGUGAAACCUACAUACUCAAUAGCCAACUGCGGUAA